GACGUGUCCCUCAGGAAGAGGAGUGGCUAGGACCAAAACGAAAUGGCGCCCCCGGCUCCCGGUCCGUCCUCCGGCGGUUCUGGGGAGGUGGACGAGCUGUUCGAUGUGAAGAACUCCUUCUACAUCGGCAGCUACCAACAGUGUAUCAACGAGGCGCAACGGGUGAAGCUGUCGAGUCCGGAGAGAGAUGUGGAAAGGGAUGUCUUCCUGUACAGAGCAUACCUCGCACAGAGGAAGUACGGCGUGGUCCUAGACGAGAUCAAGCCUUCCUCGGCCCCUGAGCUCCAGGCUGUGCGCAUGUUUGCGGAGUACCUGGCCAAUGACAGCCAGAGGGACACAAUUAUUGCUGAGCUAGACCGAGAGAUGAGCAGGAGUGUGGAUGUGACCAAUACCACCUUUCUGCUGAUGGCUGCCUCCAUCUACUUCCACGACCAGAACCCAGAUGCUGCCCUGCGUGCACUGCACCAGGGGGACAGCCUGGAGUGCAUGGCCAUGACAGUGCAGAUCCUGCUGAAGCUGGACCGCCUGGACCUUGCCCGGAAGGAGCUAAAGAAAAUGCAGGACCAAGAUGAGGACGCCACCCUCACCCAGCUGGCCACUGCUUGGGUCAACCUAGCUGUGGGUGGUGAGAAGCUGCAGGAUGCCUACUACAUCUUCCAGGAGUUGGCCGACAAGUGCUCGCCCACCCUGCUUCUGCUUAAUGGACAGGCGGCUUGCCACAUGGCCCAGGGCCGCUGGGAAGCCGCUGAGGGCGUGCUGCAGGAGGCACUGGACAAGGACAGUGGCCACCCGGAAACUCUGGUGAACCUCAUCGUCCUGUCCCAGCACCUGGGCAAGCCUCCUGAGGUGACAAACCGCUACCUGUCCCAGCUGAAGGAUGCCCACAGGUCCCACCCCUUCAUCAAGGAGUACCAGGCCAAGGAAAACGACUUUGACCGCCUAGUACUACAGUAUGCCCCCAGCGCCUGAGGCUGGCCCCAGAUGCAGUUUCUGCGGUGGGAAGGUGAGGCCCACCUGUGCUGCCCUCCCCACUGGGCACUGGCCUUCAUCCUUUCCCCCUAACUUUGGCUGGCCAGAGGCAGAGGCUAGAAGCCCAGCCCCCUUCUGUCAAUAAAUGCCUCCACAUGUA